AUGCAGAAACUUGUGGGUGCUUUAGAACUCAUGCUCAGCCUCUGUCAGAUGCAUGGUAGGUUCCUCAAGGAGGACGACCUCCAUGUAGAGAACGAGAAUGAGGCUUUCCUGGCCCUGAUCUAGUAAGUAAAAUUCAGGAAAGGAGAAACUCAGAUGGAAAUGAUUUUGAGUGACAGGAAGCAAGAAUGUGCUUGAAGCCUGCUUCUGUUCCAGAGGAAGGGGUUAUCAUUUGACUUUCUAAUGAUUUUAGGAGUCUUCAAAGAGGAUGUAAGAUUUAAGGAUGAGGUUAGUGCCCCUGGAGGAAUAACAGACAAGAUCACUACCUCACAGACAGCUCAGAGACGUGACAUAGAAAACAAUUCCUGGACUGAGGUACUGCGUAUGGGUUUGGUCUUCCACAUCAUGGUGACCUGUGGAGGAGUAGUGUGCUCUCUUGGGGAUUGUGCUGAUGGUGAUGGAAGGAAAGAGAACUCGACUCUGACUGGGAAAAUAAGCAUUCCCAUGGAUGCUAAUGCCUUGAUGACUAAGGGGAAAAAAGUGAAGGUAAUUUACAUUGUGACAAGACAGCUGAAUAGGUGCUUCUUACAUGUUCAGACGGAAAGCAUCCUGAGUGUGCACAGCUCCAAAAAACAUUUUUUGAUACCACCUUGCAGAAAAAGAAGUGAGCAAAUUAAUCAACAUGUUUGUGAUAUUACCAAAUACUGCACUUUAGAUUUGUUGCAUCCAGUGUGCUCAGUUGGAGACCACAAGAGGUCCUUCCUGUAUGGAGAAUAUUCUCUCAGUCCAAGUACCUUCUGAAUACACCAGAAAGGAGAGAAAUGGAAAAUUCUGGCAGAUCCUUCAAAAGUUCUUGACUACUUAGUUUCCCAUACAGUAAAACUACCUUUCAAACUUCUUCUAAAAAUUCCAAUUAAUUUGGAAGGGUAA